GCCGUCCGUCUGUUGGUCCAUGCGGCAGACGGCCCACCGCAAUCAGCUGGUCGUUUAUGAUCCACACUUCGAACUAUUAUAUUAUACAGCAGGUCAUUGUUCUCCCCACACUCGACAAUGCUACAAUUUUUGGUAAACAGUACAUUUAUUUCGCGUGUGUGGAUUAUUUAAAAAAAGGAUGCUACAAACUCUUCAAGUCUUUGUCUCGCAGCCCGCCGGGACCAUCAAUUUAUAGGACUGUUUAUUUCCGCAUGGUGUGUUCAUCGCCCGGAGGAAUCUGAUGUCAAUAAAUAUCUAAUGGUCCUUCACUCCACAAAGAGAGCUCUCCACUUACAAUAGAAAAUACGCAACAGGACAUUGGUAGAAAUAAUAAUGUUCACCGAUGUCUGAAUAGUGCACGUACCAGUAUAUGCAUAAUAGGAUUUCCUAAAAUAAAUAGUGGUGAGACAACAUCUCCCCUGCCUGCUGCUGGGUAAAUUCUCAGUGAAUAUUCUACUAGAAAUAUUGGGGUUCGCCAUCCGUCUGUGAAAUGGCUUCCGAAGAAGAUGCUGGGUGUUACAAGAAUGAAGGUUACACAGACAACGAGCCGGGUUGCUCCUCAUCCGCCCCGGACACCCCGGGAGAUUCGAGCUCGCCCACGGUAGUUGUUGUUGACGAAACGUCGCCCCCUGAUCGUCGCCCGUCGUCACCCACAUUCAGCUGUAGAACGCAAAUGUCCGUACUUUCGUUUGAUGGACCCAUCUGCAGAAUAUGUCAAGAUAACAAAGCCAAGGAGAAGCUAGUGUCGCCCUGUGGGUGUUCGGGGUCUUCAAAAUAUGUGCACAAGAAGUGUCUACUGAAAUGGAUCAUGUUGAAAGGUGCCCAGGAAUGUGAAAUCUGCCAAAAACCUUACGACAAAAGAGUUACAAAAGAAUCGUAUUUUACCCCAUCCGAAGAGAACACUGUAGCCUCCUCCAUCGUAGUCCUCCUCCUUCUCUUGGGUGUAACAGCCGUCGGUAUCUACCUCCUGGUCGACAACCUGACGUAUUUCCACGGUAGCGUAGGGAUCAGUAUAUGGGUGCCCAUCAGUCUACUGUGCGUUGGUAUGAUCGGACUCUCUGUAUUCUUACCCUGGAUUGCGUUGUUCUGCAUGAGGACCAGCAGGCGUCAUACCGGAAGCCCGUCUCUGACCCGGUUGCAGACACCGAUUGAACUUCAUAUAUGAACCUGGUGAACCUGAAACUAGUGCAUGUUGGGUACGAUUGGACGAUCAGUUUUUCCCAGACGUGGCUCGAAAUGACGUGGACAAUAUAGAAGCAGUCGAAAAUUAAAUCUGAAUUGAAGGCAGGUACUAAGUUAGUACAGGUACAAACUUCUUUUCAAAAUGUCUGGUACUUUAGAUAAGGUAUAUCAUGGAUCAUGGUUUACUCUUUUAUAGAAGCAAACAAUGGUAACAGAAUUGUAUUUCUUUGAGUGAUGAUGUAAGUCUCCUGUGCAAAUCCAAGUUAUGAUAAACCUUAGUAUCGAAAAGACCUUGGGUUGUGAAAUACCGUUUAUCUACCAUUGGUUAUGUUUUUGUAUUUUCUGUUAUUAUGUAAGACUUUAUCGUAAAUGAAAAUAAUACUAAUAUAAAUAGUUCGAAUAUUGUUGUACAACUCACAGAUAAUUUGAUUCAAAAGUUCUGGUGUAAUAUAACAUUGAAGUCUCCCGAACCCCACAACAAUCUACUCCGCGGUAGUAGAAUAAAGAACGUCGGUUCUCUUGAACAAACUCUACCUGCCAAGUAGAUACACACAUGGUGUUACCGCAAACCUACAUUGGUAAAUGACAAAUAUUGGAAUUGUGGUUUUUAUGCAUGGAGGAAGGAAACUCCAUGGUUUAAAAUGAACACAUUGUAGUGAAUGAGAGGUGCGGGGUAAACAAUGGUAAACGAUGGGACGCUAGGUGGUAGCAUACUUAAUACCAGGUAAAUGUCCAUAGUUCUGAGCAUGCGUACAUUAGCACAUCAGCGCUAGCGACAACAAUGAAUUUUACCUGGUCUGUUGCUACCUAGUCUGUUGCUACCUAGACUUGUGGACAAGUCGUUAAAUCGGCCCCACGCGGUAAGAUAGUCGAGUUGUAGCAGUGCUCUCGCGGGAUCACUGCUCUCCCCCGCACUGAUGGCUCCCCGAUUUCUACUCCUCAUUAGAAAUCGGGGAGCCAGCAGUUCGCGCGAGAGCAGUGAUCUCAACUCGACUAUCUUACCGCGUGGGGCCGUUUUAACGACUUGUCCACAAGUCUAGCUGCCACCAAGCGUCCAAUUGCCACAAUGUUAAGUGAUUCCCUGCUAGAACUAACGAUAUUACCUUGAGUCAGCAUUGGUCUGACUGGACUAGGGAAGGUACACGUUUGGCAAUUACUCAAAACAAAUAUUAACUUUAAAAACUGACUUGGUAGCGAGCAUUGGA